AUGGCCAGCGAAAGCGAUCUCAAAGCCUUUAUCUCCCAACAACGCGUCCUGCUCUCCAAAGAACGCGAUGCAGAGAUCGAACGAAGCUCACUGCUAUUAUCGAAUUGCGGACCCAAGCUCCUCGAGCAAAAGGGACUGGCGCUAGGAGGACUCGGGAUAGUCGGGAUGAACAUCGGGCUGGGAGGCAAAACGCCCGGGGAUCUCGCACGUAUUGAAGCCAACGUAACUGCAAACGCGUCGGCCAAGAAACCAAAGGCCUCUACCACAGACGUCAAAGGAUCUCAAGCCGAAGGAGUGGUCUACAAGGUGUCUGAUACCCGUAUCGUGAUUGCAGUAGACUCUACAGAGGGCAGCUCUGAAGACCUCGACCUACCUGAACGAUGCCGAGUUUUGAAAUUAGCCAACAGUGUUACCUACGACAGGAUGGACAAGGCAAUCAAUCAGCUGGAAAAGAUACUCUUUCCCUCAGUCAGUUGCGGAGAGGGCAAACCUGCCGGGGAAUUGACCAGCAUGAUACAAGUCCUUCUCGGAAUGAAAGCUCCAUCCAAGGAGCCUCUGGGUCCCAUCCAGUUUUACGAUGAAAGCUUGAACGACAGCCAGAAAACGGCAGUCAGGUUCUGCUUGGAAUCACCAGAAGUCGCUUGUAUCCACGGGCCUCCAGGCACAGGGAAGACACAUACACUCAUCGAAGUAAUCCGACAACUAACGGCUCAAACACCCGUCAACCCAAAACCAAAACGUGUCCUCGUAUGCGGCGCCUCCAAUCUCUCGGUAGACAACAUCCUAGAACGACUGUUGGCACUACCAAUCACAGACAAAUCUCAAAAACUCAAAGUAACAAGGAUCGGCCACCCAGCACGCGUAAUGGCCCACGAAGGCGUUCUAGAAUCCACUCUGGAAGUGAAAGCUACUCGGACCGAUCAAGCUGCACUUGCAAGGGAUGUCAAAGAUGAAUUAGAAACUACGUUAGGGAUAUUAUCCGGGAAAGGUAAAGGGGUAAAAGGCAAGGGUCCCCGAGGCGCAGAGCGCAAAAAGCUAUGGGAAGAAGUCAAAGCUCUUCGAAAAGAGUAUCGACAACGCGAAGGAGGGGUUGUAAAGACCGUUCUCAAAGAGUCACAGGUGGUACUAGCAACGUGCCACUCAGCUGGAGGCAGGCAGCUCAACAACGAGGAGUUUGACGUUGUCAUCAUCGACGAGGCGACACAGGCAAUCGAAGCCGUUUGCUGGAUUCCAAUUUUCAAAGCUAAGAAAUUGAUUCUGGCGGGUGAUCCGAUGCAGCUACCGCCUACUGUUCUGUCUCUCGACAAUGAGAAAAAGAAGAAGAAAACGGUUGCGAAAGUUCUUCCUUCGAAAGCUGCAAAAAAGGAUGUCAAGGCGAAAGGCACCGGCACCAAAGUAGCCAAAGGACCUCCUGCCGCAGACGAUAACGUCUCCGACGCCGGCUCCUCAACAAGCAGUGAAUCAGAUGAACAAAUUGCAAAAGCCGUGGCUUCUGUCUCAUUGAAGAAUAAAGGGUCCUUCAAGCUAGUCCCUCCACAAAGCCUCGAGACAACCUUGUUUGAUCGACUAGAAGCAAUGUACGGUGCUGGAAUCAAGCGCAUGCUGGAGGUGCAGUAUCGGCAAGUCAUGCACGAACAAAUCUGCGACUUCCCAUCUAAAACCCUAUACGGAGCGAAACUCAAGUCGCAUUCAUCAGUCGCAUCCCACCUGCUGCGCGAUUUGCCCAACACGGAGGCUAAAUCCGACGAAGACGCUAAAGAGUUUCUUGAGAGCCCUGUAGUGUUCUUUGACACGGCUGGGUGUGAGUACUUUGAGCGGUUGGACGGCGAUGGAGAUGAGGGAAGCCGGUGCAACGAGAAUGAGGGCACGAUCGUUGCCAAUUGGGUACAGAACCUUGUGGACGUUGGACUGCUGCCGAGUCAAAUUGCUGUUAUCACUCCAUAUCAGGCGCAAGUUACACUCCUAACAUCCCUUCUGCGACCCAAAUACGGACCUACACUGGAGAUAGGCAGCGUUGACGGCAUGCAGGGACGAGAGAAGGAGGCUGUUAUCAUUUCGCUAGUGAGAAGCAACGAUACGAGGGAGGUUGGAUUCUUGAAGGAAAAACGGAGGUUGAAUGUUGCGAUGACACGGGCAAAGCGUCACCUUAUAACACAGUGCAUAGUUGGCGAUUCGUCGACGGUUAUACAUGGUGGCAGCUACCUGAAAAAGUGGUUGGCGUGGUUAGAAGCUAAUGCGGAUGUGAAAUACGCAGGACUGGAAUAG